AUGCCGCCGCUAAUACUGACGAUUCGACCGCCGAAGUCAGCAGAAUGGAGCUUACCACAGCCUCGAAAGCUUGGAUUUCUACACCUUCCCCGCGAAAUUCGAAAUCAUAUCUACGAACACGCCUUGGUUGACCCCGUGGCACGUUGGGACAAGAGGCACAGCAUCGGUUGCAAGUUCAAGACAUUCAACCCGGCCGAAGCCGAGCCCCCUCCAUUCGUACUAUCACAAAUCACCUUGCACGCCAAUCCAUUCAGCAUGCAUCAGUACUACAGCUGUGGUUGCGGCAAACGAAGCGGUCACCAUCUUUUGCAGUCCAGUCGUAGGAUACAUGAGGAAGCUUCCCCCAUAUUCUGGAGUCGCAACAGGUUCUGUUUCCUCGACCUUCGGGAGUUCAUGCUCAUUUCGCAGAACUUGGUAAGCUCGAUCCAGCAUGAGUACAUUCGAUACAUCAGUAUCAUGCCCCCAGGGACGUCCGGCACUUCACUUCACAUCGUCUACGACGGGGUACGAGUCAACAAUUGGGGGUGGUGCUGGCCCCUAUUUUGGAAGGAGAUCUCUCUUUUCAAGAACCUCAGAGAACUGGAGGUUGAACCUGUGUCGGUGUCUGAUGAAGGGUUCAGCGUCACUAGUGAAUGGGUGGAGUUUAUCAUGUCGUCCAUGCCGGAGCUCAAGGUCCAAUUAGUCGACUUAUACUCAUUUUGCGAAGGCCUAUAUCUGUAUACGCCGACCGUUUCUGAGAAGGACGACAAACUCCAUCGCAGCACGAUUUACGCUAAGAUGUCUUAUCCCUUGAUUCCCGGCAGCAACUAUCAUCCAGAAACGGGCGAAUGUUUAAAUCUCGCUCUAAGCGAGUUGUACAGGCGCACUGCUCGGGACAUGCUUGACAAGUACACCGACGUGGAGGAAGCUAUCGCGCUUUGCUUCUUUGAGGCGGAUCCGAGCGACCGAGAUAAUUGGGAGGAUUAUUGGAAGAUCCGGGAAGGCUUCGACGAAUUCCACGACCAGUUACGAGUGACACUUCGCGACGGCAGUGCUCUCGACUUCCAGUUCUACGGCUUACCAUCCAGCAAAGAGACGGAAUCGCAUGCAAAUCAACAGAAGAAGUCCCGUGACAUCAAGCAAAUUGCAUUCAACGGCCUGACAGUUGCACAGAAUGAAGCGAGAAAGAGAGCGCGAGAGCGAAGAAGAGAAUACCUGGAGAAUGCACAAGCCAGGCAUAUACCUGCAUGGAAACAGCGCUACAUUAUGUCUGGUGCUGCUCAACGCGACCCCAUUCCCUCUUUCCCCAACGUCGACCAGAAAAGGAGUGCAACGAGACGAAAACGCGUAUCGGAGAAGAGGAAUGCAGAAGCCAGAAAACGGGAGAGAAAGAGAGUUCAGCGCAGACAAGGAUGA